ACUACGUAGGACACCCAAGUCCAACUACAGGCGUUGCAAAUUCUGAUAAUGAUUCCCGCCAUUUCCCUCUUAGGCGGCACUACCCGCCCAAUCGAAGCAGCUGUAAUUUCAGGUCCCAAAUCUCCCAAACCCCAAAAACCUUUCCUUAAUCACACCCUAAAAUCUCUCCCCAAAUCCUUCAAUCUCGACGAGGCAAUUCGUCGCAUUGAAUCUUCACCAGCCAAGUAUACUGAUCCUGAGACAUAUGUUCUCCUUCUCCAUGCCUGUAUUUCCCAUAAAUCAUUAUAUCACGGACAAAGAAUCUAUCAGCAUCUGCAAAACCUAUCAAAAUACCAAAACGGACAUAACCUCAUUCAAAAUCCCACUUUAAAGAGCAAACUCAUUACCCUUUUCUCAAUUUGCAGCCGUCUUGAAGACGCACGCAGUAUUUUUGACAAUGGAUUUGAUAAUGAAGGCGCGCCUGAGUCAGUUUGGGUGGCAUUGGCAAUUGGGUAUUUGAAAAAUAAGCGUUUUAGGGAGGCAUUGCUUGUUUAUAUUGACAUGUUGUGGCAUAAUGUACAACCGGGUAACUUUUCGUUUUCUGUAGCGUUAAAAGCCUGUGUAAAUUUGAACGAUUUAAGGAUCGGUAGAGGUGUUCAUGGUCAGGUUAUAAAGUCUAGUGAAGAGCCUGAUCAGGUGGUGAAUAAUGCUGUUUUAAGUUUAUACGGGCAAUUUGGGUGUUUAAAUGAUGUUUUGAAGAUGUUCGAUGAAAUGCCUCAAAGAAAUGUUGUUUCUUGGAAUUCUUUGAUUUCAGGUUUUUCUAGGCAAGAUAAAUUGUUUGAGGCACUUGAUUUGUUUAGGAAGAUGAUGCAAAGUGAGAGAGUGGAAUUUACUUGGGUUACUAUUACGACAAUUUUACCAAUUUGCGCAAGGUUGACUGUCCUUAAUAGUGGGAAAGAGUUACAUGGACAAAUUAUUAAAUCAGCAAAACGACCGGAUAUCUUGGUGUUAAAUUCUCUUAUUGACAUGUAUGGGAAAUGUGGAUUGGUUGAUUAUGGAAGGAGGCUGUUUGAUGGAAUGAGAAGUAAGGAUUUGGCAUCUUGGAACUCUAUGUUGACUGGAUAUGCAAUCAAUGGCCACAUGAGAGCAGCAAUGGAGUUCUUUGAUGAAAUGAUUUCAUCUGGCAUGAAGCCAGAUGAGGUUACCUUCAUUUCAUUAUUAUCAGGCUGCAGCCAUGCUGGGCUUACAGAGAAUGGAAAGAAAUUGUUUUAUAAGAUGGAGAAAGAUUUUAGGGUAUCACCAUGUUUGGAGCAUUAUGCUUGUUUGGUAGAUUUAUUGGGUAGAUCUGGAAGAAUUGGGGAGGCAAUGGAGAUAGUCAAAACCAUGCCCAUGAAACCAAGUGGCAGCAUAUGGGGAUCAUUGCUUAACUCAUGCCACCGCCAUGGUAAUAUCUCUUUUGCAGAGUCUAUAGCAGAGCGAUUGUUUGAGUUGGAGCCAAAUAAUCCUGGGAAUUAUGUGAUACUCUCAAAUAUUUAUGCAAAUGCAGGGAUGUGGGACUCUGUAAAUAAAGUUCGAGAGACAAUGCAAAUAAGAGGAAUUAAGAAAGAGGCUGGAUGUAGUUGGAUACAAGUGAAGAAUAGAGUUCACACUUUUGUUGCUGGUGGGGGUUUUGAGUUUCGUAAUUCUGUUGAGUAUAAGAAGAGCUGGAAUGAGUUGUCAGAAGCUAUGAAAGAAAUUGGUUAUGUCCCUGAUACAAGUGUUGUUCUCCAUGAUGUAAAUGAAGAAACAAAAGCAAUGUGGGUAUGUGGGCAUAGCGAGCGUCUUGCAACUAUGUUUGCACUUGUAAAUACUGCUGAUGGAAUGCCAAUUAGGAUUACAAAGAACCUUCGUGUUUGUAUAGAUUGUCACUCUUGGGUCAAGGUUGUGUCAAGAAUAACAGGAAGGAUCAUUGUUCUAAGAGACACAAAUCGCUUUCACCACUUCAAAGAAGGUACAUGUUCUUGUAAUGAUUAUUGGUAACAUUGGUAAAGCAUUUGUACAAAUACAUAAUGUUUCAAUCUUUUUUGUAUUUUAUUAU